UGUGCAGGUGCAGCCACAUUAUGUGAUCAUUUCCUUGUUGUUAUUCUUUGUAAAAUUAUAUUCUGGAGGGUGUUGAUCGAUCUUCUACAUAAACGAAAGUUAAGUAAAGAAAUAAAAGGAUUGGGUGUGGUGACAGGUAAAGCAGGUCUCACAGUAUCUCCAGUAAGAAAGUAUAUUUAUUGGACUUGGGAAGCAAAGCAGCUAUUACUAUUAAGGCAGUUUCAGCUGGAACUUCUAUUAGCUGAGACCUGAGAACUGACUUCAGCAAUGGCGGAUCCUUUGUCCUUCCUGGAAGAGGAUUUUACAUGUCUCAUCUGUUGUGAUGUCUUCACCGAUCCAGUCACAUUGAAGUGUAGCCACAGUUUGUGUGAGAAAUGUCUCCAGCAUUUCUGGACGACUCAAGAUGUGCCGCGGUGUCCGGUCUGUCGGAAGGAAUGCUCUCACGACGAACCCACCAAGAGCCUGGCGUUCAGAGCACUCUGUGAGUCCUUCAAGAAGAGGAAACCCUCCGCUGUUUCAGCAGACGUUUGUCCAGAACAUGAAGAAAAGUUCAAACUCUUCUGCUUUGUGGACAAGCAGCCAAUCUAUGUGGUCUGUUACACAUCAAAGAAGCACGAAGAUCACAAGUGUUCACCUGUCAACGAGGCAGCUGGGAAUUUAAAGGAGGAUCUCAAGACACAAAUGGACAGAUUACAGGUGACACUCGGUGGCCUCAAGAAAGCCCAUGAGAGCUGUGUUAAACAGGCUGAGAUCAGUAAGGAAUGCAUCAGUACGGAUGAAACCCAGAUAAAGGAGGAAUUUGAGAAGCUCCGUCAGUUCCUUAAAGACGAAGAGGAGAAAUGGAUCAGAUCCUUGCAUAAAAAAACUAAACUUCAAGAUGAGAAACUCCAGGCCAGAAUGAAGGAGAUCUCCGCACAGAUAUCAGAUCUGUCUGAGAGGAUGGCAGCCGUCUGGCAGGAAAUAGAAACUGAAAACAUCACAUUUCUCCAGAAUUACAGCAACACCCUACAAAGACUCCAACACCCAUCAGUAGCAAACACAGUCCCUGAACUACAGGAAUAUCAGCACUAUCCCAUUCAGACAGUCAUCUUUAUCACAUGGGUCAAAAUGCAGAACCUCAUUGAACAGCCUCCUGUGAUUCUGAACCCAGUCACAGCAUCCAGUAAACUGCAGGUGUCAGAGGAUUGCACCAGUGUUCAUUGUGUGGAAAAUAAAACAAGUGUGUUUGAUAACCCAGAGAGAAUGAAUGUGGGAGUGCUGGGCUCACAGGGCUUCAGCUCAGGUGUGCACUGCUGGGACGUGGAGGUAAAAAACAACAGUCACUGGACGCUGGGAGUGGUGUCAGAAAAAGUAGACCGCAAAAAAAAUUACAAAUUGUAUCCGAAGAAACAUUUUUGGUGUUUUCAUUACAUGAAUUCUACAUACAUGCAAGGAAAUGAUCCUGUCAGCGAUAUUGAUAGCAAUGAGAGGCCAAAUAUCAUCCGACUGCAGCUGGACUUUGAUGAAGGAGAGCUCAGAUUCAUCGACCCUUACAGAAACAGGAUUCUGUGCACCUACACGGGUAGAUUUCCAGAUAAAGUGUUCCCUUAUUUCUGUACUGAAGAUACGAUCAGCCCACUUAACAUUUUCUUUUCAAAUAAACAAAAAUUGUAAAGCACAAGAUUUCUUUUAUAUAUGUUGUGUUUUGUGCACGUGACAAGAUAAUCCUCAAAUGCAACGUAACGAGUGUUUUAGGGACACUGUAUAUCAAGCUAAGUGAUCAUUUAAUCAAGUAAUGUUUAAGUGUAUAGGGUGAAGCAUUAUAAAUAUAACAAAUUAUUUAAUGUGGUUAUCAGUGAACAAAAAAUAAAGGCUUUUUGGUGUACUAAUGUGAUAUUAUUGACUUGUAAGUAAAAUGCAGUGUGGUGCUGUCACCUCUGGCAGAUAAUUGUUGGGUGGUGUUGGUGUUCUAGUGGAAUUCCUCGUAAUUGUAUUGUGGAGGAUGACAUAUUCCUGCAACAUCUGCAAUGGUGAAACUCUCAGGCUGUGAAUACAAGUAAACCAUAAAAUGUAAUAAAUAGCCUACCUGAGAGAGGGUGUUUUCAAUGUAAUCCGCUUCAUACAGUCCAGUUUUAUUUAUGCAAUGACUCUAGUAAAUCGUUUCAUAAAAUUACAGCAUAUGUUAAGAAAUUUCUGCUAUCACUAAUUUUUCAUAAUGUAGAAUUUAGCUAGUAAGUUAACUGAUGGUAAAUACUAACUUGUGUACUGAAAUUGUUA